AUGACUAAAAACCAAAAAGAAAAGUCCUUUAAAGAAUAUUUACAAGAAAUCGAGGAUCCAAAAAAUAACCAGGAGGUCAAUUACGACUUACCAGAAAAUCCCACCUCACUCCAAGUUGCUAAGUUUGAAAUUUGUCAGGAAAUUUUAGGUUAUAAAUUAAAAAAAAAUCUUACCCGCCAACAAGUAGCCGACAAAAUGGAUUUAAGCAAAGCCGAAACCGAGGAUAUUUUGUUUUGCUGUAUUGAAAAAUUUACUUUGGAUAGAUUGGUAGAAUAUGCGAGCAGAUUAUUAGAACCCGUUCAAACCAAACCAGGACGAGAAUGGAUUACUAAUGAACUAAUUUUGGAAAUAUUGAAAAAAAGGUUUCACAACAAAAAAGCAGAACCUUUGGAAUAUUCAGGAAUAAGGAAACAAGAGAAAUUUUUUGAUUUACUAAUUAUCGAUGGACCUGCCCGCACUAGCCAAGGAACAUUAGAAAUCGCCAAGCAAGCUAAUUUAGUAAUUCAGCCGACCGGAGCCAGUUUAGCCGACUUAAAGCCAUCUGUCAAUGAAUUUCAUGCCUUAGUAAAAGCAGGAAUAAAUAAGCAUAAAUUAGUUUUUGUCCUUAAUCAUUUAGCCACCAAAAGCGAGGAGGAAGCCGCGAGGGAGUAUCUAACACUAGCAGGUUAUUCAGUUCUCAAUCAUUCUUUAAAGGAAAAAGCCUCUUAUCGGCAAAUUCAGAAUGAGGGAAAAAGUAUUAGCGAGGUUAGUUAUAAGAGUUUACAAAAAGAAGCCAAGGAAUUAGUAAAAGAAAUCAUAAAAAUUCCGCCUUCUCUGGCUGAAACUACUUCUAACUUACAAUUGCCGGAAGUAAUUGGAGAAAAAGUAGAUAAAAGAACUUUACGAAGGACUGGGAGAACCGAACAAUUUGCUACUAGGUCCGUUUUGGGGUUAGACCAAGGAGAUAAAUCAGAUAAAGGGGGUAUUCAACCAGUUCGAGCAUAA